AUGUCGACGGCGAUGCAACCACGCGCACUGCCCACGAUCACCGUCUUUACGCAUCCAGCCGCGCGUCUCAUCAAGACGGUGCCGCCGCUAGAACCUCCCAAGCGCAUCAACGGACACGUUCCCAGAGACAACAUCGGUGUCGGUCGCACCGCCUCCAAAGAUGUCGUGCUCACUGACGUCUACGGCCCGCUUUCCAUCCUCGUCGUGCCCGACCCGCUCGACCCCACUAUCGCCACCCUCGUACUCUCGGUCACCUUGAGCGGCCCACAGCUUCAGGGCGCGGCUCGCCGCUUCGUCCUUCCCUUCCGAUCCUUCCAGCGCGACCCCGUCUCCGGCGACAUCAUCUCCCAAUCCAAGAUCUCGGGCUUCGAUGCUGCAGAUCGCACCCUAUAUCCCGGCCUCGGCGCUGGUCUCAAGGGCCUCGACGGCGGCAGCUUCUGGUUCUUCGAGGACAUCGGAGAAGACGGCGCAUUCGAUCGAUACAGAUGGAGCAAAGAUGGCGUAGCAAGUCGCGCCAUCUGGACCGUAUGGCUCAUCAGCACUCCUGCUCCCGUCGUACAUCACGUUCAAGCAUUGCUUCAGUCUUACCCUGCUCCCCUGCCUUCUCUCCCUCCCUGGCUCAAGGAAAACAAUGGAUACCCGUGGAAGGACACCUUCCUCGCCCUUCCCUCCUCCUCGCUCGCAUCAUCCUCCAAUUCCGAAGACCAUGACCAGCCGGCGGAAGGAUCUGCGUCGCCGCUCGUGUCGUCCGAUGCUUCAUCUGCAAUCACUACACCCAGCGCAAAGCUCGAUCUUGCAGCUGACACUCUAUCAAGUCUGACACACGAGGCGACAGCAGUCCCAACCAUCCGUUCGAGGCGGCUGCGCGAUGGUUCAUCGUCUAUGCGCAUUGGUGACGCUCCUGAAGUCGUUCUCCGCAACGUCAACCGCAACGUCACUCAUUCAGAGUACCGCAACAGCUUGGUCGCCGUCGACAAUCGCACCGGACAGAUCGUCAGCGUUCUCGCUUCCCACAUCAGUCUCGAGGCGGACGACCCCGCCGUAGCUUCCACAGCCAGCAGCAGCGAGCCCGAUCUUGAUGCCCACGAAGACCACGAAGCCAUCACCCCUCUUGACGAGCUGGUUCCUGCCCUGCCUGACAAGUCGCCUUCACAAGCUCUCGGCUCACAUCCUGCGCCCUUACCACUUUCACAAGAUCUUGCCGAAGAGCAAGUCGACGAGGAGGAGCAUGGAUCCGAAACUCCCAAACCCAGCACGAUCGUCCAUCGUCCUGCUGCCAUCCACAACGAUCCUGAUGCACAACGUCCGCCUUCUCGCACAGCUUCCAUUCUCGCCGCCGACACCUUUGCGCCACCGCCCUUGCCACCCAAACCAAGGUCGGCCAGCCGUGCUCGUGCCCACUCUCGCACUACAGCUGAUGCGCCGGCCUCGCGUCGCACCAGCACCGCCUCGGCCUUCUUCACUGCCGAGUCCGAUGCAGACGCCAUGUCCAGCUACGAUUCCGAUGCCAUCGAGAUCGACGCCAGCUCCAUCUCGCACCACAACCUCCCCUCCAGCUCCAUCUCGAUCCGAGGCCAUGCCUCGCACGACGUCGAAAAGCACAGGCCAGAGCUUCUUCGAGACGCCAACCAUGCAGACUCGGACGGCGAAUAUGCUUCCGAUGCUAGUGGCAGCACUGUAGGUGGCCCAGCCGUGCGUAUGUGGCGUAAGGCAAGAGGCAAGCCGAAGAAGAAGCCUGCUCGAGCAGUUCAGAAGGCUGGUCUUCAGUCGGCUCAUCCCACGCAACGCGUCAAAUCCAGGCAAGCAAGCGAGCUGUCGGAUCGAACCAGCAAGGCCGAAACUGCACUGGAAAGCAUCUCGGAUGAUGAAGCAGUUCAGCAGCCCCAGGGUCGAAUUGCUGCGACCACUGACUCCAACCCACCUUCGCCAGAACAAGACAUUGUCUCGCCCUUGAAGUCCGCACAACCUUCUCCGGGCGUGGGUCAGCAUCUGCGUCGCUCGGCGCUGCGCACCGACGAGGUGCGCUCCAUCGAGGACCGCGUAUGGCGCGAAGCGCUCGACGCGAGUCAGCUGCCCAUCGACGCACCGUACACGCAUCUUGCUGCGCGCGGUGAGGCUGGUUUCUACCCCUCGUCGAUCCUGUCCAGCCCGCGCUCAUUCGACGACGGCUCGGCCAUCGAGCUGCUGUCCACCGAAGAUAAGCGGCGUCAAGUGCAGCGAAAGAAGGCCGAGCUGCACAAGCAGAACCAGCGCGCCGAACGUAUCAAGAACAUGCAGGGCGGAACCGUGCUCAUCGAGUUCCUCGCAGGAUCGAGUCGUAUCGGCGCCAGCUUGAUUCGCAGUGCAGGAUACACCCCGACGACCUCAAACGACGAGGGCGUCCACGACGCAGACUCCAACACGCACCUUUCGGCAGGUGACACGGCCUCGAACAUGCUGAGCUAUGUGCCGGUUCUGCCGCAGCAUGUGCUUGGCUUUUUCGGUCUCGGAACGCGCACGGUCCGGACGCAGGUGGAAGAGACGCCCGAUGUGUCGUCGCCGACGCUUGCUGGCGCGUACUUUUCGAGCCUGCGCAUGCCGAGUCUGGGUGGACUGUUGACCGAUGCAUCCGACUGGGUCACGGGAUUCUUUGGACGCAGUUCUGUCGACGCCAAGCCGAGCACGGCAGUGGAAGUGGAGGGCGAUGGUUCGAAGGCGGAAGAAUGGGAGUAUGCCAUUCCGGACUUUGACCCCAACAGCCUCGCCAGCACUCCCAGGCCCGUGUACCGACGCAAACGCCCCGUUCCCUCGGCCAUGAACGGGUUCAAUAUCUCUGCGCCCCGCUGCUCAGACGACCCGGGAAAGGGCAUUGAGGUUCCUGCGCCUCCAUCAGCUGCAGCCAAGACAAUUCAAACUGCCGAAACUGCAUCGACAGAGGAAGCCGGCUACUCGAUCCUGCACAUCGACAGUCUCGGUGUGGGCCGUCGCGCGUUCCUCCGUGGCCAUCCUGAAUUCGAAGGCCUCCGUCCCUGA